AAAUCUCUAUGGUUACUGACUAACCAGUAGCACAAUUGCAAAGAAACUUAAGAGAAACCAAGUUUCAGAUAAAAAUGACUACUGAACAACCUAAAGUAGAACCUGAAGACGAAGAAACAGAACAGGAAAUAAAAGAGAAAAGUGUUUCAGCUCGUUUAAUUUUCACUGAACAGCAGAAAAGGGAUUUGCGCGAUGCUUUUAAUUUACUCGAUCAUACGGGAGAAGGAAAAAUAAAAGCCGAUGACUUUCGUGUCGCGAUAAAAGCUUUGGGUUACGAACCCACGAAAGAGGAGUUGCAGCACAUGAUAAAUAGAGUUGAUAAAAAUCAAACAGGAAAGCUGAGUUUUGAAAAUUUCGAAACAGCUAUUAUGAGAAAAAUAAUGUCUUUAGACAGCGACGGGGAUAUUAUGAAGAGUUUUCGCCUUUUUGAUGACGGUGACUGCGGUUUCAUUAGCUUUGAAAAUGUGAAGCGAGUCUCCGAAAUCUUGGGAUUUGGUCUUACCGAUGAAGAAAUAGAGGAAAUUAUGGAUGAUGCAGACAAAGACUUCGACGGAUUUAUUUCCGUACAAGAAUUUAUGAGAAUGAUUAAAACGUCAGUUCGUAUUGAAACACCUUAG